AUGUUUGAAAAAGUAUUUUUCAUCUUAGUUUUAGUUUUAUCGAUCAAUAUUUCAAUAAAUUAUCAAGAUCAAUCUUUUCAAAAUUCAAAUGAAAUAAUUCUCGAAAAUAAAAUUAUUAAUAUCAGAGAAAAAUCGAAUUCAACUUAUAUUUAUAAACAUAUUUCAUCUUAUCAAGAAAAUCUUCAUUCACAAAUAUUUCAAAAUGAAAAUAAUUCAAAAACAAAUGAACCUCUUAUUAUUUGUUAUUAUACAAAUUGGUCUCAAUAUCGUCAUGGUAAAGGUCAAUUUUAUCCUGAAUAUAUUGAUAUAAAUCUUUGUACUCAUAUAAUAUAUGCAUUUGCAAAAGUCGAAAAUUCUCGUAUAAAUCCAUAUGAAUGGAAUGAUGAAAGUAGUCCAUGGUCAAUAGGUAUGUAUCAAAGAAUAAUUAAUUUACGUAAAACAAAUAAAUUAAAAAUUUUACUUGGACUUGGUGGAUGGAAUCAUGGAAGUUAUUCUUUUUCUCAAAUGGUUCAUAAUCAAACACAACAAAAUUAUUUUAUUCAAACAACAAUUAAAUUUUUAGAAAAACAUCAAUUUGAUGGACUUGAUCUUGAUUGGGAAUAUCCUGGUUCACGUCAAGGUUCAACACCAACUGAUAAACAACAUUUUACUAAUUUAUUAAUUCAACUUAAAAAAGCUUUUCGUCCAUUUAAUUAUUUAUUAACAGCAGCUGUUGCUGCUGGAAAAUCAACAAUUGAUGGAGCUUAUGAAAUAGAUAAAGUUUGUCAAAUUCUUGAUUUUGUUAAUUUAAUGUCCUAUGAUUUACAUGGUUCAUGGGAAACUAAAACUGGUAUUCAUGUACCAUUAUAUAGUCGUCAAAAUGAUAAUCAAUUCGAUAAAGAAUUAACACAAGAUUGGUCUGUUAGAUAUUGGAUAAAUAAUGGUUGUUCUUCAUCGAAAAUUGUUAUGGGUUUAGCACUUUAUGGUCGAACAUUUCGAUUAGCUAAUUCAAUGAAGAAUUCUAUUGGUUCACCAACUGUUGGAGCAGGUAAUGCUGGUUUAUAUACAAAUGAACAAGGAUUUUUAGCUUAUUAUGAAAUCUGUACACGUAUUAAACAACAAGGUUGGACCAAAAUAUUUGAUCAAGAACAAAAAUCAAAUUAUGCUUAUAAAGAUGAAGAAUGGGUUGGAUAUGAUGAUAUUUAUUCAAUUGAUUAUAAGAUUGAAUAUGUUAAACAAAUGGGUUUAGCAGGAAUAAUGUUUUGGUCAACAGAUCUUGAUGACUUUACUGGUAGUUAUUGUAAUCAAGGAAAAUAUCCUCUAAUGACUAAAGCUGUUAAUCUUAUUCGUUCAAAAAUUCAAUUAAAUCCUAUAUUAAAUUCUUCAACAAUUAAUUCUCAAAUAUAUUCUACAAUAUUAACUAGUGAAUCUACUUCAACAUUUAAAUCAAAUACAUUAUCUUCUUUGACAUCAUCUUCAACAAGAUCAUCAUCACCUACAAAUAGUUUAUCUCAAUCAAUUGUUUGUAUGACAAGAAUCAAUAAAUUAAUGUUGAAUAAUGUUAACAACAUUUAUUUAUGUUCAUAUUUAAUUAUAAUUGAACGAGAUUUAUUAUCAAUAGAUAUUGAUUUAUUUCAAUCCACUAUUUCAUCAGAUAUUCUUAAACAAUUAAGAUUAAUGAAAAUAAAAAAUGAAAAUUUAAAAAUAUAUUAUUCAAUACUUGGUCAAUGGAAUUCGAAACAUUUCGAUUUACUUCGUAAUGAUCAACAAAGAAAUAAAUUAAAUAAAAAAAUCGAACAAUAUUUAAUUGAUUUUACUUUUGAUGGACUUGAUAUUGAUUGGAAUAUAGAUAUUGAUCAAAUAUAUUCAUUUACAGAUAAACAUAUAUUAACAAAUUGGCUUUUAGAAUUAGGUUAUUUAUUUCUAUCAAAUAAAUAUUCAUUAUCAAUUGGUAUAAGUGGAGAAAAACGUAUUAUUGAUAAUUAUUAUGAUUUAAAUAUAAUAUCAAAAAUGGUUAAUUUUAUUCGUGUAAUGGUUAUCGAUUGGACAAUUAUAAAUAAAACUAAUUUAAUUAAUCGAUUUAAUUCAUUUGAAAAUCCCCGAUAUAAUUAUCAAUUUAAUUAUAUUAAUUCAAUUAUGAAUUAUAUUCAAACUCUUGGUUUAUCUAUUAAAAAACAAACAAUAUCUGUACUAACAUAUGGACGGGUUUUUCAAUUUAAUCAUUAUAAUCAAUAUAUUAUUCCAUCAUCACCUAUUUAUUUAUCAAAUAUAUUACCUUAUUCACAUAUUUGUAAAUUAUUAAAAAGAAAUGAUUUAAUUGAAAAAUCUGAUAAUAUAACUUAUUCAUCAUAUUUAUUUAAUUUAAAAAGAAAAGAAAUGAUCAUAUUUGAUACAAUUGAUGAUAUUAAAAUAAAAGCUCGUUUUGCUAAAUUGGAAGGUUUAUUUGGUAUAACAUUAUCAUGGUUAGAUAUGGAUGAUAUAUAUCGUUUAUGUGGAAAAGGUUUUUAUCCAUUAUUAAAUACAAUUGCAAAUGUUUUACAUUUAAAUAUAAAUAAACAAUCUAAUGAAAAUUCUUUAAAUGAUUUAAAAGAAAAAUCAAAUGAAAAAGUGUUAUUUUGUUCAGUAAGUUCAAAUGCAGAUAAAUAUUAUGGUUUAAAUAGUUUUAGAUUGGAUAAAAUAAAAGAAAAUAUUUGUAUGUAUUUAUUAAUUGAUUAUAAUAAUACUCUUUUAUAUAAAUCAAUAUCAAUAUCAACAUAUAAUAAAUUAAAAAUAAUUCUUACUAUUAAUAUAAAUCAAAUUAAUAUUAUUAAUCAAUUUAUAAAUAAAUUAACAAAUAGACAAAUAUAUGGUUUUAAUAUUAAUUUAAAAAGAAUUUCAAAUGAUAUUAUUGAAAAAUUUCAUUUAAUAAGAUCAAUAUUAUCGAAUAAAUAUUUGUUAACAAUAUCAUUUCAAAUUGAACCAAAUCAAUAUAUAAUAUAUGAAUAUUAUAAUUUAAUUAAAUUAAAUAAUCUAGUUGAUUAUAUUAUUAUUCUUCCAUUUGAUCAGAAAUCAACAGAACAUUUUCAAGAACUAAAACCAUGGAAUAGUAUUUAUUAUAUUAAUAAAGAUAAUUUAAAAUUAAAUUUAACUUUUUUUUCAAUGAAUUCAAUUCUUACUCGAAUUCUUUCCUAUGGUAUAUCAAAAGAUAAAUUAAUAAUGAGUAUUCCAACAUAUGGUUUAUCAUUUAUAUUAGAAGAUAAUAAUAAAUAUAAUAUUAAUGAUCGUCUAUUAGGACAAGGUUUUCCAGGACGAAUAACACAUAAAAAAGGAAUACUUGCUGCUUAUGAAAUUUGUGAUUUAAUUAAACAAGAAAAUUACAGAAAAUUUUUUGAUAAUAAUACUUUAUUAUUUAUGGCACAUAAAUUAAAUAAAUUAAUUAUUUAUGAUGAUACAGAAACAUUUAUAUUAAAUAAUAAUAUAAUUAGAAAUGGAACAAUUGAAUAUAAAUCAAAUAUAAUAAUUAAUAAUAAUAUAGCUGGUGUACUUGUACAUUACAUUGAUAUGGAUGAUUAUAUCGGUUUAUCAUGUAAUCGUGGUCAAUAUCCAAUAACUUCACUUGUAUCUCAAAUAUUUUCACUUAAUAAAUCAUCUUUAAAAACAACAACAAUUAAAAAUUCAACUAAAAUUAAUAAUUUAUGUUCAGGAAUUAGUCAAAAUCAAUUAAUUGAAGAUAAAACUGAUUGUCGUUAUUAUUAUUUAUGUCAAUUAAAUAAUAGUAAACCUAUUUCACAUUUACAAUGUCCUAAAUAUAUGACUUUUUCAACAAAAGAAAAAAUAUGUACAUAUCAACAUUCUAAUUGUUCUUCGGACGGCAAAUUCAAUUCAAUAAUAAAACCUAUAGAAAAAAGUGAAGAAUUCUUAUCAAAACAAUCAAAUAAAGUAUUUGAAUGUGAAAAAGCGAAUGGAAUAUUUUCCGAUUUGUCAGAUUGUCGACAAUAUAUAUUAUGUUCAAAUAAAAUACCUUUUUUAAUUAAAUGUCCAUUAAAAACAAAAUUCAAUUCAUUAUUAAAUCGAUGUAAUUGGUGGUCGAAUAUUUGUCCUUAA